CUUUUAUUCUGGGGUUUACAACUUACAAGGUCAUCCCGGGGAUGACUUCAUUGUAUGCUAAAAAGAUGACAAUGCUUGCUGGACGAAUAUUCAGAGAUGUUGGCAAACAAGUUGAUAGCAAAUCAAUGAAAGUUGUUCGAAUAAUGAGUGAAUUACCUCGCCCAAUGAUCUUAAAAGAUUAUUAUCCUCCAUUAGAAGAAUAUAGUAAUAUUUUACAAAAACUACGCUAUCUGGGUUUGUUUAGAAAUGAACAUGCAGAUUUUCGUGAAGAAAUGGCACGUCUACGUCAAUUGCGUGGCAAAGGGAAACGGAAAAAGGGUGAAAGUAAACGAGGACUAUCACAAUAGUGACAUUAUUUACUUUGUUAUUUGUUUUCAUAAAAAAUAUUUUGUAUAUAUUUACUAGCAGUUUGUAAACAGUAUCGAAUCUUUAAAGUAAUACUAUUAUGUGUUGAAAUAAGGUUUGUUUUUUACUAAUUCGAAUUCCAUGUGGUGCUCUUUAGUUAUCAACUCUUUACUCAAGCAAAUGUUACUGAAAGAAGUAGGUCAUAUCUAUAGAUAACACUGACCAUGUUUUGCAUUAUUGUACUAAAUUAUAGUUUAGUCCGAAUUUUAAACAUCUCUUAUCUGUAAUAGUUGUGAAAAAUAAAUUGUCGUUAAUGCAGUUGUCA